AUGCCUUUCAUCCACCACCCUGACCAGAUCCGAGGAGAAAUGGUCUUCUUGAUAGAGUACCAUCAUGAUCAUCCCCGCUUUCCCGCCCGGGUUCAGUGUCAGUGCCCUCUGAUCGAAGCCUGCACCAUCGACCUGGGAAAUGGUACGGUCGACCCGCAGCUCGUUUUCUACAAAGCCCUCAUCACGCGCGUCUCAACACACGCACAACAAGCCCAUAGCAGAGAAUGGAACAUUAUGGACAACUCUGGCACACAGCACACCUAUGUCCCGGCAGUGCGUGCCGCGUGGGUGAUGUGGGCUGGCCUCGAUCCGACUUCUCAUGUUGGAUGUGGCCUGAACCUGGUCGGAGUGUCGCUCGAGUCAUUCAAAGCUCAUAUUUCCAUGAUGAUGCAUCGCAAUGAGCGGGACCGGCUCAAGAUUCAAUACGAGCUCUAUUAUGAGACUGUUCCUUGCUCACCUGUCCCGGCUGUUGAUCACUUACACCAGCGAGCACCCAUGGGAGGAGUGGACGUUAGGUCCAAUGUCUCUGUCGGAUCUCGCGAUGGUCGGCAUUCAGGCGCUGCACCAGGAAUAGGCCAAUCUGGUGGGCAUCAUAGUGACCCCGACACGCCCCCGCUUUCCGUGUUGGGGGGGAUGGAUGCCAACACGACCACUGAAACACAUCACGCCGAGAUCACAGGUACCGAGAGUGCUCGUGGGCUGGAUCGUCAAGUUCAUCACCUAGCACGCGAGCGGUAUCCCAUCAGCCAGAACUCCAUGGGUGGUGAGGAUGUCAAUGGCAAGGUCAGAACUGAAGAGGCCAUCAACAACAAGGCCGGCGGCGAAGUGUCCACCGACAAAACAAGCACUGAGAAAGCGGUCGGCGGAAAGACCAGAACUGAGGAGGCCAUCGACACCAAGGCUAGUGAGAAGAGCUCCAACGACGGAACGAGCAGUAGUGAAUCGGUCAGCGGAAAGGCCAGAACUGAAGAGACCAUCAACGCCGAGGCUAGUGAGAAGAGCUCCACCAAGGCAACGAGUAGUGGUGAAUCGGACUGGCGUGGACGAUACAACAGUGGUGAAUCGGACUGGCGUGGACGAUACAACAGUGGUAGAUCGGUCUGGCGUGGACGACACAGAACUGAGGAGGCCAUCAACACCGAGGCUAAUGGGGAGAGCUCCAUCAAGGGAAUGAGCAGUGGUGAAUCGAUCUGGCGAGGACGAUACUCCACCGAGGGAACGAGCAGUGGUGAAUCGGACUGGCGAGGCCGAUACAGAACUGAGGAGGCCAUCAACACCGAGGCUAAUGGGGAGAGCUCCACCAAGGGAACGAACAGUGGUGAAUCGGCGAACGGAGAGGCAGCCAACACGAAUGUUAUCAAAGGGAAUGGCAUCGCAGCUACCGAGCUUACGAUGAAGCACUUGUCUCUCGACGACAGCAAGAAGUGGACCAUGGAGAUCCGAAAGGGAUUGCGCGAGAUGGAGAAGUUGUGGGUUAAAUAUCCUAACCUAAAGUACCAUCUUUUUACGCGAAAAACUCUUGAGAAGAUGGCAUCUGAUAUUCGUCUCCGGGUCGAUGAUAUCCGCGGUUAUGCAGCGGAAGCCCUUGAACGGGAUCUCCUUGGAGGCCCUGAAGAUGAACCCAGUCAUCAGACGGCUUCAGCUGCGGAUGUGGGAGCUGUUUGA